AUUUUCCAGGGGCCUUACGUAGGGAAGAUGGCGGCGGUGCAAGUUGCCGGCUCAUUGUCGUGCGGGCAGCCACGAGAGGCGCCACGGGAGCCGCCCCCUGAGCAGGACAAUGGGUUCCGCCGGUUGUCGGCCAGGCUCCGCGCCCUGCGCCCGGAGGACAGCAGCUCCGCCCGCACCGAGAUCCACCUGCUCUUUGACCAGCUCAUCUCCGAGAACUACAGCGAGGGCGGCGGAGUGGCCGCAGAGGAUGUCAGUGCUCUUCUUGUCCAAGCUUGCCGACUGGUGCCUCUUAAUCAGAAUCAUCUUGUCAGCAAAGUGUCUCAGCUGAUCCACCAUUUACUAAACAGAUUACAGGUGAUUGUUGAUGAACAGAACUUGGAUUUCCUGAUGGGAUAUACUAUUUCAGCUAUUCAUCAGUGUAGUUCCUGGACACACAUGGAAAUCCUUCAAGCCCUGGCAGCUCUGGUUUACUGUAAUGGCUCAAAAUGUCAAAAGUACCUCCCAGACUUGCUAGGCAAGACCGGCCUCUUAACAACAUUGAGUGACUUGGCUCAGUCUGACCCUGAAGUCAGGAGAGCUGCAGUGCAUUGCAUGGCAAACUUAUGUCUCAGUGUGCCAGGACAGCCAUACCUGGAGGAGCCUUACCAAAAUAUUUGCUUCCAAGCUUUCUUGACCACUUUACAGUCUUCAAAAUCAUCAGAUAUGGAUGACAUAACUUUCUGCAUGUUGUUACAAAAUGCAUUAAAAGGCAUUCAGUCACUUCUAAAUGGUGGAAAAAUGAAACUAACACAGACUGAUGAACUUGGAGCUCUUCUAGCUGUACUAAAGAAAGCCAUGUUUCAUGGACUUCCUGGACUAAACAUAGAGAUGCCCACGGUGUUAUACCCCACUCUACUUCCUCAGUAUGAUGGGCGACCACCUGUCAAACCACAACAGUCAGAAUCCACUGCUUCUCGACCAACGGUGAAUAAAAAGAAAAAAUACAAAAUUAAGCCAAGGAAAACCCCACAAGGAGAGGAAGAGGAAGAAGAAUCUAGUAGUGAGAUGGAAGCAGUCCCAGGCCCUGGCACAAGCAGAGUGAACAUGCAUGACAGGAACACUCGAUGCUCCUCCUCCCCGGGCGUCCAAGGUUUGCCAGUAGAUGGAAGUGGAACUCUGGGAAAAGAGCGGGUCUCCUCACCUUUCACCACUUCCAGCUGGAAAAGGGUCAGCAGUAGUGAGUCAGACUAUUCUGAUGCUGAAGGAGGCUUACAGGGUAAAAUGAGGUCAUACCAAGCCAAAGUUCGCCAAGGAGCAUUAGCUUGUUUUCUUUCUACUAUAAAAUCAAUAGAAAAAAAAGUUCUGUAUGGCUACUGGUCGGCCUUUGUUCCUGAUACGCCUGAGCUUGGAAGCCCACAAUCUGUGUCCUUAAUGACACUUGCAUUAAAAGAUCCUUCUCCCAAGACACGUGCCUGUGCUCUGCAAGUGUUAUCUGCUAUACUGGAAGGCUCGAAACAGUUUCUGUCUGUUGCUGAAGAUACCAGUGACCACAAAAGGGCUUUCACUCCCUUCUCUGUUAUGAUUGCUUCCAGCAUUAGGGAGUUGCACAGAUGUCUUUUGUUAGCUUUGGUGGCAGAGUCGUCUUCACAGACCCUAACUCAGAUAAUUAAGUGCCUUGCAAAUUUAGUAUCAAAUGCCCCUUACAACCGUCUGAAACUCAGCCUGUUGACCAAAGUCUGGAACCAGAUAAAACCUUAUAUCCGCCACAAAGAUGUCAAUGUCCGUGUGUCAAGUCUCACACUCUUGGGAGCUAUAGUGUCCACUCAUGCACCUUUACCUGAAGUCCAGCUACUUCUGCAACAGCCCUGUUCUUCUGGACUCAGCAGUAGCAAUUCAGCAACUCCUCACCUCAGCCCUGCUGAUUGGUGGAAGAAAGCCCCUGCAGGAUCCUCUCUGGAAGAAACAUCAGUUAGCUCACCAAAGGGGUCUUUAGAGCCCUGUUGGCUCAUUCGACUUUGUAUUUCCACUGUUGUCCUGCCCAAAGAGGAUUGCUAUUCAGGUGGGGAUACUGGCUCUGCAGCAGGAAGCACUUUUGAACCAUCUCCCAUGCGACUGGAGGCCCUACAGGUGUUGGCUCAUCUGGCAAGGGGCUACUUUUCUGUAGCUCAGGUCUACUUGAUGGAACUUGGAGAGGUGAUUUGCAAGUGCAUGGGAGAAGCAGAUCCAUCCAUUCAGCUUCAUGGCGCCAAGCUUCUGGAAGAACUGGGCACAGGCUUAAUACAGCAAUAUAAACCAGAUUCUACCAUAGCACCUGAGCAGAGAGUACCAGUCUUCUUGGUGGUGAUGUUCUGGACUGUGAUGCUAAAAGGUCCUUUACCUCGAGCCCUGCAGAGUUCAGAGCACCCAACUCUCCAGGCGAGCGCCUGUGACGCCCUGUCUUCCAUCUUGCCCGAGGCCUUCAGCAGUCUGCCGAAUGACAGGCAGAUUUUGUGCAUUACAAUGCUACUCGGAUUGAAUGACAGCAAGAACCGUUUAGUGAAAGCUGCGACAUCGAGGGCCCUUGGAGUCUAUGUGCUUUUUCCUUGUCUCAGACAGGAUGUCAUAUUUGUUGCAGACACAGCAAAUGCCAUACUGAUGUCACUUCAAGACAAGUCUCUGAAUGUCCGUGCCAAAGCAGCCUGGUCCCUGGGCAACCUGACAGACACUCUGAUUGUCAACAUGGAAACACCAGACCCAAGUUUCCAAGAAGAGUUCUCUGGUCUCCUGCUCUUGAAAAUGUUGCGGUCAGCAAUAGAAGCCUCCAAGGACAAGGACAAGGUAAAAAGCAAUGCAGUUCGGGCCCUUGGAAACUUGCUUCAUUUUCUGCAACCUUCUCAUAUAGAAAAACCCAUAUUUGCUGAAAUUAUUGAGGAGUCUAUCCAGGCUCUGAUUUCUACUGUUCUGAUCGAGGCUGCCAUGAAAGUUAGAUGGAAUGCCUGUUACGCCAUGGGAAAUGUGUUUAAAAAUCCUGCCCUUCCUCUUGGGACAGCCCCAUGGACCUCCCAAGCCUACGAUGCCCUGACGUCUGUUGUAACAUCAUGCAAGAACUUCAAAGUGCGUAUCAGAUCUGCCACUGCCCUUUCCAUCCCAAGCAAGAGAGAGCAGUAUGGGUCUGUAGAGCAGUAUGCUCAGAUCUGGAAUGCAUUGGUCACUGCCUUGCAGAAGAGUGAAGACACCACAGACUUUCUGGAAUUCAAGUACUGUGCCAGCCUACGGACCCAGAUCUGCCAGGCACUGAUUCACCUGUUGAGCUUGGCCAGGGCUUCAGACCUGCCCUGCAUCAAAGAAACCCUUGAACCGAAUGGAGAUAUGGUCCGGUCCUAUCUCCUACAGUUUUUAAAAUCUGGAACAGAGGGAGAUGAUCCUGGAGCAUCCCAUAGCCCACAAGAAAGAGACCAGAUGGUCAAAAUGGCCCUGAAGCAUAUAAGCAGUAUACAGGCGCUAACUGGGGACACAGCCAGAAGAGCCGUCAUGGACUUUUUAGAAAAUAUUCUGACUAUUUAUUUUGAUGCCUCUGGGUCACAGGUGGCACUUCUAGAGUUGUCAGAUCGGUGACUAUUCCACCAUACUUUCCAGAUGUCAAACAUGGUCAUAGGGAGAUGCAAGCUUGAGCAUAGGUUAUGUGGGAUUUAAUCUUAACAGGCAGGAACAGUUUAUCCACUAUUUAUUUAGAAUAGGUUAGCAGCUAUUUGACGUCUUCUCAAAGAGCUCAGCUGCUUUGGAGAGUGGCUGCAUUGCACUGGUCAUGGUCAGGGUAUUGAAAGCUCUAACCUGGGCAACCCGUACCCCAGGCGUCAGGUUGUAGUGUUGGCUGAGCAUACUGGGAAGUUGUGAAGGGUGUUUAGUCUCAGAAAAAGGAAGGAAUUAGAAUGUUGUGUAUCUCCAGGAACUUUUUUCUUUCAUAAUAAGCUAAUGAAAAUAGUGUGGCCACAAUCUCCUGCCCUGGUCAGGUCACUCUUAGAGAGAGCUUUGAGCAGAUCAGAUGCUUAGUCAGUCUGCACUGGAACAACUGCAUCAGCUGAUAAAAUCCUAAAAAAGUUCCUCUUAGUAAGUAGUUGCUGUUACCAGGCUCCCCCAGUGCCAACCUCAAGGAUCCUCUCAGCCUCUCCACGACUCAGGGGCCAGAGUGAACUCCUGGCAUGCAGGAGCCCUGGCCUAGGCCACAACACCAACUCCUAUGCAGAUUAUCUUUUGAGAAGAGUAGCCUCAAUUUAUGGUGGUUUUUCCACCUUUUAAUUUGUGCCUUCAAAAAUGAUUACUUGUGUAAUUUCAGUGGUUGCAAAGAAGGGUUUUUAAACUAUAUUUUGAUAAUGCCCAAGUUGUGGUGAAAGUCAUUUCUCACACAACAAUUAUUUACAUUUAGAUUUUGCAUUUGUCUUUUGCCUGCCAACAGUUUAUUAUAAUUUAUUUCAAUAAAGAACUUGGGGACAUUUAAGAACCAAUUAAAAUAUUCCACAAUUACUUUUGACCUAAGAUAAAUAAAAAUCAAGAUAUAGAGAAUGGGCUCUGGCGAUCUAGUACUUAAUUACCAUUUAGAUACUUAUUUUAAGGGUUUAUGUUUUCAGUUUUUCUCUUUGCUUUUGAGUUGCUCUUUUCUGUCCUUUAACAUGUUGUUCAAAACUGCUGUCGAGGCAGUGACAAGGGGACACAGCACCCAGAUUUCCUAAAGUCUUCAUUUUCCACUAGUAGAGAAUUAGUUUCCAAAGAAUUAGACCACAGGCACAGUGAAAACACAAAGAACAUUUUUUAAACUUAACCUUCUUUGGAGAUGAUUCUGAAUAUGGAUUGCUGUAGAGGACCCGGGAGACUGAAUCAACCUGUCCUAACCUACAGGAAUUCUGACUCUUCUCAAAUCUUGGAACUUCUUUGUCUUCAAUACAUUAAAUGGCAGCUUCUUGACUUGUACUUUCAUAAAAGUAAAAAUGUGGCUUAUAUACCUUAAUGGCCUGGGGGUUUUUUGAGCUUUUACUGGUGAGUUUCUUGAUAAAAUAUUUGUGAAAUGUCA